AUGAACAUUAACAAACUGUCACUUCUUCACCCUCUAUUUAACGACCUAAGGACCGCCGACAUAAUUAUUCGCGUUGACAACACUCAUUUUCACGCUCAUACUUGCGUAUUGUAUGUCACGACAGGAUUUUGGAAUCGUUAUCUCAAACUUCGGCGAUCGGCUUUAUUGAACGGCAACGAAAAACCGAUUGACAAUGGCGAGACACCUAGGGAAAGAAUGUUAAAGCAUGAUUGCAGCUGUUCGAAAACGAAAUCAAUCGCAGGACUGUGCCAUUACAAGGGAGACACAGAAACUGAAUUAAAGUACACCUUUGAAGACUUUGGCGUUUUCCUAAAGUACCUGUAUGGAUACCCAAUGGAAGGUAUGAACGAGAAUAAGUUAUUUGUGCUCGCUUAUCUCGCUUCCAAGAAAAAGUUCGACGUUCCCGAAUUGGUAAGCCUUUGCGAUCAACUUUUGUACGAAACGUGGGAAAACCGGCGUUGGAGAAUCACCUUGAGGGCAUCCAAGUGGCUAGGGUUAAAUAAAUUGAGAUGUCAGGUCUUGAAAUAUUUGUACACCAAAGGGGAUUCGAUGUUCGCAAAACACGUGGUCAAGGAGCUCGAUGAACACGAUUGGAAAAUCAUGUCCAUUGUGUCCGAUCAAGAAGAUCCUUGUCGCAUGGAUUUUGACGAAAUCUGUGAGAGGGAGUGUGAAUAUGUGAGCGAUGGACUUGAAGAUGUCCAAGGAGAGGAUGGUCACGACGCCGACGGCGAAACGGUAGAAAACGGAAGGAUGGUGGGGGUGGAGGAAGAGAUUGAUCGUGUCCGUCCACAAAGCGAAAGGGUGGAGGAUGGCGAGACGGAGUGGAUGGAAGAAGAGGUUCAACAAGACGGCGUGAUUGAUAAGAUGAUGGUGGAUGAAGAGACGGUAGGGAUAAUUGAGGUUCGGCAAGAUGGUGUGGUCGAUGACGACGACCGAAGCGAUGGGAUGGAUGACGUUUGGCAAGAUGAAAAGAUUGACGGUCACGACCUAGAUAGAAAAAUGGUAGAAAAUGGUGAGCCGGUGGGAGUAGGAGUUGUUCAGCUGGAAACCAUUGACGGCGAAAUAACAGAAAGUGAUUUGACGACGGCACGAGAUGAUGGGCAAUCGCCGAUCGAAAAUUUCGAAGAUGGCAAUGACAAGCAGAGUUGA